UACACUGUGCUAUUGCCUUUUGAAAGCUCACACCAGGCCUGAAAAAGCUUCUCGGUUUUUUUGCUCUUUCUCUCUUCUUCGUAGAGCACUCCAGCUGAGUAGGAACCAGAGCAAAGACAACACCAAGAUGCCAUCUAACAAUACCGCUGCCACUACCACCCCACUCCACACUCCUCCGUCCUCACCUAAGCUCGCGCCCCCAUCCCAAUCGCAUAUUCAUUUCGGCGCCACUCCUCACCGUAGUCCUGUCCCGCGCUUUCCUUCCUCCUACUCCCACUCGAGUGAAUCCUAUUCCCCCAAGCAGCCUCAAGCACUGGGCACCCAAGUCACUCGACAGAACUCACCUUCGUCUUCAAGAAAACCAGCUCAGAACUUUGUGGACAUGCUGACACAAGAUCAAUUGAAAUCCAUGUCUGAUCUGGACAAAGAAGAGGAAGCGAAGCUAGCAAAGACACAUUGUGAGAGAUUGAGGAAAAUGGGUUUGGGAAUAUCUAGAUUCGUUGGUCGACUGAAGAGUGGUACUAGUGUUGAGAAGGGCGGGAAAUCGAAGUAGGGGACUAGGGAGCGCAUUGGGCAGGGCUAAGUGGGUUGAGAUCACAACUUUGUUAGUGCGUUGAUUGCGUUGACAUGCGUAGGCGUACCAUCCUGGAAAUUGAGCGUUCCAUGUAAG